UGCUAUGGCAGUGCGCGACUGAGGCGUACGCCAAAGGAUGACUGCAGAUGUUUGCUGCUGCAUGAGAUUAGUCGUCGGUGUUUCAUCAAAGCACGGGUGUGCGAACGGGAAGAUGUAAACGGUGGAAGAUAUAACGGGGAUUUCAUUACAUUCAACUCAGGCGGAACAUCAGACGGUUCUAACGACACGAUGCUUUCAGAACAGGCGGAACAUCAGCUGUGAGAAUGCGGAGUCGGAGUAACUCGGGAGUCCGAUUGGAUGGGUACGCCAGGCUCGUGCAGGAGACAAUUUUGUGCCAUCAGAAUCCGGUGACGGGCCUCUUACCGGCCAGUGCCCAGCAGAAGGAUGCCUGGGUCAGGGACAACGUGUACAGCAUACUGGCCGUGUGGGGCCUGGGCAUGGCCUACCGCAAGAAUGCUGACCGCGACGAGGACAAGGCCAAGGCCUAUGAACUUGAACAGAGCGUGGUGAAGCUGAUGCAAGGCCUUCUGCAGUGCAUGAUGAGACAGGUGGCGAAGGUGGAGAAGUUCAAGCACACGCAGAGCACCAAGGACUGCCUGCAUGCCAAGUACCACACGGGCACCUGCGCCACCGUGGUGGGGGACGGGCAGUGGGGGCACCUGCAGGUGGACGCCACCUCCCUCUACCUGCUCUACCUGGCACAGAUGACCGCCUCAGGCCUGCACAUUAUUUCCAACUUGGAUGAAGUGGCUUUCAUCCAGAACUUGGUUUUCUACAUUGAGGCUGCGUACAAAGUUGCUGACUAUGGCAUGUGGGAGAGAGGGGACAAGACCAACAAGGGCAUCCCGGAGCUCAACGGGAGUUCUGUGGGAAUGGCAAAGGCGGCCCUGGAGGCUAUUGAUGAGCUGGACCUGUUCGGCGCUCACGGCGGCCCCAAGUCGGUUAUUCAUGUGCUGCCAGACGAGGUGGAGCACUGUCAGUCCAUCCUGUGCUCCAUGCUGCCGAGGGCCUCCACGUCUAAGGAGAUCGACGCUGGCCUCCUGUCCGUCAUCUCCUUCCCUGCGUUUGCUGUGGAGGAUGCCGACCUGGUGAAUCUCACCAAGGGAGACAUCAUCUCCAAGCUGCAGGGUCGGUAUGGUUGCUGUCGAUUUAUUAGAGACGGAUACAGGACUCCAAAGGAGGACCCCACCCGCCUGCACUAUGAUCCAGCUGAGCUGAAGCUGUUUGAGAACAUUGAGUGUGAAUGGCCGGUGUUCUGGACCUACCUCAUAAUAGACGGAGUCUUCAACGAGGACCACGUGCAGGUGCAGGAGUACAGAGAGGCUCUGGAUGAAGUCCUGAUCCGCGGGCAGAACGGGAUACGACUGGUGCCUGAGCUCUACGCUGUACCUGCAGACAAGGUGGAGGAGGAGUACGGGAGCCCACACACGGUGGACCGAGUCGCUGCUGGCCAGCUCCCUCACCUGUGGGGCCAGUCCCUCUACGUCAUCAGCUGUCUGCUAGCGGAGGGCUUCUUGGCUCCAGGAGAGAUCGACCCGCUCAACAGGAGGUUCUCCACCUGCUUCAAACCUGAUGUGGUUCACCAAUCAAGCAUCAUGCCUGCUCGCAUCCUCAGCCACAUCUACGCCAAGCUGGGGUACGUGUGUGUGCCAAUCAGCAUCAUGCCCGCCCGCAUCCUCAGCCACAUCUACGCCAAGCUGGGGAACUGCAAGAAGCUGAAUCUGACUGGUCGGCCUUACAGGCAUAUUGGGGUUUUGGGAACUUCAAAGUUUUACGAGCUCAGAAAUCGUACCUAUGCAUUCACGCCUCAGUUCAUUGACCAGCACCAUUUCUACCUGGCACUGGACAAUCAGAUGAUCGUGGAGAUGUUGCGUAACGAGCUGGCGUACCUGUCCAGCCGUUGGAGAAUGACUGGACGGCCAACACUGACCUUUCCCAUCACCAAGAGCAUGCUGGUGGAUGAAGGUGAGAGCAUUGACCCAUGCAUCCUGUCCACCCUGAGGAAGUUACAAGAUGGCUACUUUGGAGGGGCAAGGGUCCAGAUGGGAACUCUGUCCAGCUUCCUCAUCACCUCCUUUCACACCCAGCUCAGCUUUAUGGACACAGACUCAGAUGACAACUUCCUGGAGGAUGAGGAGGACGAGGAAGAUGAUGAUGAGGAAGAAGAAAGUUACGCUACUGCAGUGUCGGUGGGCAGCGUCAGGAGGGACCUGUUUGAUCAGUACCUCACGAAUCUGGACCAGAGCACAGAGGCCAAAAGUCAUCUCCCUCCCAUCCAGAGGGGGCAGCACCAUGUCUUCAGUGCAGAGCACACCACCAGAGACAUCCUGUCCUUCAUGGCUCAAGUGCAGGGCCUCAACAUCCCAAAAGCGUCGAUGUUCUUGCCUGUUACGUCUGUGAUGAAUAAGCAUCGCAAGUCUCUGAACCUGCUGGUGGUUCCUCAGCACCAUCAGCACCCCACACCAGCAGCCAAGGCACACGGCGCUGAUCUGCACCUGCCACGUGAUGCUCAGGGGAACACGGACUUCGCCUCGCUGGUGCGGCAGUUGAAGGAGUGUCCCACGCUCCAGGACCAGGCCGACAUUCUCUACAUCCUCUACGUCAUGAAGGGACCAGACUGGAUUGUGAAUCUGUCUGGGUGUGGGGCCGGGGCCACGGUCCGCUCCCUGAUCGAGGAGCUGUACGCCAGGGCUGGAUCCAGCAAGGAGUGGGGGCUCAUCCGAUACAUAUCUGGGAUCCUGCAUAAGAGGGUGGAGGUUCUUGCUGAGGCCUGCACUGACCUCAUCUCCCACCAGAAGCAGCUAACGGUGGGCCUUCCCCCAGAGCCGCGAGAAAAAGUCAUCUCCUCUCCUUUACCACCGGAGGAACUCAACACACUGAUCUAUGAGGCCAGUGGACAAGACAUCAGCAUCGCAGUCCUUACUCAGGAAAUCAUGGUGUACCUGGCCAUGUAUAUCCGCUCUCAGCCGGCCCUGUUCGGGGACAUGUUGCGCCUGCGCAUCGGCCUCAUCAUGCAGGUGAUGGCCACCGAGCUGGCACGCAGCCUCCACUGCUCCGGAGAGGAGGCCUCUGAGAGCCUGAUGAACCUCAGUCCAUCGGACAUGAAGAACCUCCUCCAUCACAUCUUAAGUGGGAAAGAGUUCGGGGUGGAGAGGAGCGUGCGUCCACUUGAGUCCACUGCCACCAGUCCAGCCAUCUCCAUUCAUGAGCUGGGCCACACAGGAGCCACCAAGACUGAGCGCACGGGCAUCAGGAAACUCAAGAGUGAAAUCAAACAGCUGGAUGACUCGAGGCCUGCAAGUAUCUUUAGCAGCUCCUACUCCAUCAGCAGCAAUGUCACGUCCCCUCGCUCUACGGUAACCUGCACACACACCAACCUCCUCCACACACACCACCCUCCUCCACACACACCACCCUCCUCCACACACACCACCCUCCUCCACACACACCACCCUCCUCUACACACCACCCUCCUCCACACACACCACCCUCCUCCACACACACACACACACCACCCUCCUCCACACACACCACCCUCCUCCACACACACCACCCUCCUCCACACACAACCUCCCGCACACACACUAUCCUACUCCAUCAGCAGCAAUGUCACGUCCCCUCGCUCUACGAGAUGCAGCAGCCCCUCCACCCCCAGUGGCAUCCUGUCCCCGACGGGCUCUCUGGACCCCCAGCUGGCGUGGGAGGAGCGGCAGGGCCAGUGGCUCCGGCGCCGCCGUCUGGAUGGCGCCAUCAACCGCGUGCCCAUGGGGUUCUACCAGAAGGUCUGGAAGAUUCUGCAGAAGUGCCACGGCUUGUCCAUCGCCGGCUACGUCCUGCCGUCCUCCACCACACGAGAGAUGACGGAGGGGGAGAUCAAGUUUGCGGUGCACGUGGAGUCGGUGCUGAACCGCGUGCCCCAGCCCGAGUACCGGCAGCUGCUGGUGGAGAGCAUCAUGGUGCUGACGCUGGUGGCCGACAUGGAGAUCCAGAGCAUCGGCGGCAUCGUGCACAUCGACCGCAUCGUGCACUCGGCCAACGAGCUGUUCCUGCAGGACCAGAUUGCCCAGGGGGCGUGUGAGUUCUUCCUGGAGAAAGACACGGCCACCGGGAUCUGCAACUUCUUCUACGACAGCGCCCCCAGCGGGAGCUAUGGCACCAUGACCUACCUGUCCAAGGCCGUCAUGAGCUACGUGCACGACUUCUUACCCAACACCACCUGCUUAAUGCAGUGAGGAGGGGAAGCUCUCCCAGCAGAAGCACCACGGCCAGUAUCAGCUACACAGUAGACCAGUCAGAUGAUGUUCACACGUCAACCUUCAGUUUAACCACCAUUUGUUAAUGUCAAUGGAAAUACAAGAAUGUGUGUCAUUGUUAAUACUAACUGGGAAACAAACAACAACAGUACAGGUGACCUUAUAUAGUGAUAUACAGUACAGGUGACCUUAUAGAGUGAUAUCCAGGUGACCUUACAGUAUACAGUACAGAUGACCUUAUAGUGAUAUACAGUACAGGUGACCUUAUAGUGAAAUACAGUACAGGUGACCUUAUAGUGAAAUACAGUACAGGUGACCUUAUAGAGUGAUAUCCAGGUGACCCUCUAGAGAUACAGUACAGGUGACAUUAUAGUGAAAUACAGUACAGGUGACCUUAUAGAGUGAUAUCCAGGUGACCCUCUAGAGAUACAGUACAGGUGACAUUAUAGUGAAAUACAGUACAGGUGACCUUAUAGAGUGAUAUCCAGGUGACCCUCUAGAGAUACAGUACAGGUGACCUUAUAGUGAAAUACAGUACAGGUGACCUUGUAGUGAUAUCCAGGUGACCUUAUAAAGUGAUUUGAAUGCAUUUAUGCAUGUAGAUAUAGUUCAUAUGUUUGUGUAUAACCACCCUCUUAUGCAAUGCAUAAUCUAUGUCUGGCUUUAGCGUAUGUGUGUGUGGUGUCAAACAUGUCCAUUG